AUGGGCGGGCCGCUGGCGGUGCUGGCAUGGAGCAGCGUGGGCCCGACCGCCGCCGCCUCGCCCUCGGCCCCCAAGGCCCAGGCCACCUCGCCCCAGACCACCAAGGCCGCGCCCACCCCGCCCGACGGCGGCUUCUGCGACCUCAACUCGCGCUGCUGCACAAACGUGUGCAACAAGCUGACGAACCAGUGCGGGUGCGCCGCGGAGGGCGAGCUCUGCUUCUGCAACAACGACUGCUGCAACAACCUGUGCAACGAGAACAGCUGCGGCUGCUCUAAAGACGGCGUCGACUGCUUCGACAGCAUAGAGUGCUGCAGCGGCAUCUGCAACUGGUCGAGUCAAAAGUGCGGCUGCAGCCCGGUGGGCGGCUUCUGCAAUCGGGAAGAGGACUGCUGUGCUGGCGGCUGCGACCUGGGCUCGAACCUGUGCGGCGGGCCAGCAGACUGCAAGGCCAGGGACGCGGCAUGCGAGUUCAAUGUGGAGUGCUGCAGCGGGGUCUGCAACACGUUCAACAGCAAAUGCGGGCAAUCGGAGGAUGGGCAGGGGUGUAAGGCAGACCAGGACUGCCGCCGCGGCAACUGCCUGCUGGCCACCUCCAAGUGUGGGUGA